AUGAAGCACGCGGACGAUCCGAAUCCAGACGAUGGUGAUGGUUAUGAUCCUUUUGCGAAUCGUCCUCCAGGACCGUUGACAUCAGAUUUUGCCGCGUUGAUGCAUCUAUUGAAAGCCGCCAUCGGUACCGGAGUACUCUUUAUGCCAAAUGCAUUCAGAAGAAAUGGCUUCGUAAUGUCAAUCAUCUGCAGUCUCUGUAUGGGUUUCUUGAUCAUACACACAGUUGUAACGUUGGUGCGUUCCGCUCAGCUGUUGUGCAGACGCUAUCGCAUACCGAAGCUGGACUUCGCGAACACUGUCGAGAUGUCUUUUCGGAGUGGUCCAGAAAAGAUGCGAAAGUACGGAAGACAUUUUGGCAUCUUUAGCAACGUUAUCGUGUGCUUCGUGCAGAUCCAGGCAGCUGUCAUCUACAUUCUUUAUGUCUCUACCUCGUUUCAGCAAGUAAUCGAGUACUACUCCGGCGUCAGUUUGGACGUACGCGUUUACAUAUUGGCCGUUUUCCCAAUCUUCUUAAGUUUUGGUUUUGUGCCCAACCUGAAGUAUUUAGCACCUAUUUCCAUAAUCGGUACUAUAUUCAUAUUUACCGGCAUCUGUGUGACGUUACAUUAUUUGCUGACCGAUUUCCCUGAUCCUGCGAGACUGAAAAUGUUCACGAGUGUCGCUACUGUACCCUUAUAUUGCACCCUCUUCAUGUUCGCCAUGCAUAAUGUGACGUUGUGUAUGCCUCUGGAGAACUCGAUGAAGAAUCCUGGGCAUCUACCUCGUCUGAUAGUGUACAACAUGUUAUUCACCAUGUGCUUGAAUACGACGUUUGGAUUCCUUGGUUAUAACAAAUACAUGGAUAAAACUUGUGACACGGUGAUCAAGAAUCUGCCGAUGGAUCAUCCGCUUGCCCAAUUUAUUAAAAUAACUAUUUCCCUGUCCGUGAUAUGCACGUUUGGAAUAGGAUUCUAUGUAACAUUUUCCAUACUAUGGCCGAUGCUCCAAAUGAGAUAUGAAGAAUAUAAGUACGCCAGUCACUUAUUUCGUUUGAUUGCAGUAUCACUAUUCUUUCUUGUUGCCAUCUCAGUCCCUCAAAUGGUUCCUUUGCUAGGAUUACUUACAGCUUUCAGCAUAACUACGAUUAUGCUACUGAUUCCUAUAUUGACGGAGACGAUGACAAAAUGGCAGACAGCGUCGCGGUUUCUUUUAGCGAAGAACGCCGGUAUUUCUAUCGUUUGGAUAACUUUGUUGAUCUUUGGAGCGAUCGAAAGUAUGCGGACCAUCAUCAGGGAAUACGGCAGCGUGAAAGAGGAAGGAUGCUGAUUAAAGAAACACCUUUUCCAGAUGCAUUUUCUGAAAUUAACGCAAU